AACGAGUCAUUCUUUGAUAGUGACGUGCCUUCUCCUCACUUCCUGAACUCCAUCACUCGCAUACUAACGGAGCUAGUCGGUCAGUUGUUCAAAACCGUUGCUGGUGCUGGUGGACACUUGUUGUUUACUGUAUUACAUAGCUAUAUCAACUAUACUGCUGCCGAGGCAGAAGUGUGGUGUCGAAUAAACGUGCAUUGUCCAGGUGGAACGUUGACGCGCGUGUCCCUGUUUCUAUUGUUUGCCAUCCCGUCGCCAUUGGAUACAUCUUUGUCGAGUUGACCUGUGGUCAAAGUGUGCGGUGACAGUUUUGUAAAGUUUGCCAUCCUCGUAGAUGGUUGGAAAACUCAAGGACUUCCAGGCACGCUUUGAUGAUAUGGCGUGGUCCAAUUGGGGCAAUCGUCGGAUAGGAAUGUCAACUGUGUAGAAAUGUUGUGGUUUUUGUGUAAACUGGAAAGAAGAAACAAGUGUCCUUAAUAAUUGAUUUAGCUUCAAUGGAACGAGAGCUACUGGCACCAAAUGUACGACUAAAGUGAUGAUGCUGCCAGUACAUGAAGUGAAUAAGCAGUUUAGCAUGUGGCAGAAGACCAAGUUUGAAAAGUGACGUCAUUUAUUCAUCAUUAUCACUCCAUCAACAACCCGGACCGGACCGAACGGCGCGCCGCAGCGAUAGACGGGUGCUAUUUUGGUGUUACUUUUACGAGGUGCCUUUACACUUCUAGCAGUCGCUCGUCAUUGCUAGGUCCAUCAAAGGAAUGCAUUAUACAUGAGAGUAAAUAGUAAAUUGAGCCACACAAUGGUCAUAUUCCUAUAUCUAAUACUAGUUCUCGCGUGGGCCCUGCUAAUUAUCAUACUGAAGUGUAAAAAGGCUCGCGCCAAACGACUCGCCGAACUUCAGGAAGCCGCCCAAUCGGUGCACGUGGUUCAGAUUGGCUCCAACCUUUACGACAUCAUGUCGAUUCAGCACCAUCAUCAUCACCGGGCGCCAUACGGAACGGUCUACGACUGUCUGGGGACGGGCGAGGUCUGCGGCCAGACGCACCGAUCCGGCACAACCACCGUCACACACUCGAAUGCCGCCUUCAUCGGCGACGACGGCAGUAUCUACCCGGGCAGCAACAUUCCACCUUUGGAACCGCCGCCAUCAUAUGACGAGGUGAUAAGACUGCCGGCUCACUACCCCAAGGUGGAAACGUUCGUCCCGGAGAUGGUUGUUCCACCUUCGUCGUCUGCACCCUCUGCGCCGCAUAUUGACGAUCGCAGCAACGGAGGAAGUGCUGUCGGUGCGGUGGGGCCUGCUACCAUCUCCGGUAUGGUUGACCCAAACGGCACCGGACGGAAUAAGACUAUCUCAACAGUGACGAAUGCCUAACUAGUCCUGUCUACGACUGGAGCAAAGCUUUUUUGUAGUAGAUAAAUUGUUUUGUUUUUAGGAAUGAUACAUUCACUUAAACUAGUUGUAAUAUCAUCAUUAAUUUAAGGAUUUAAUAGCUGACUACCGUGCAAUAAAUUGAAUAAUUCAUGAUUUGAAUCAAA